CCUCAUCACCAUUCAUCAUGGCAGCGUCUGUAAACCAUCAGUCCUUGUUAUCUUUCCUUUCUGUUACCAUAAUCAUCUUCAUUCUUGGUCUCACUGGAUUCUCCUUUACUAGAGCUCAAACUCGCGGCUUUAGUGCUGAACUUAUCCAUCGCGAUUCCCCAAAGUCACCCUUUUACAACCCUUCAGAAGUUCACUCUGAACGCCUGUCUAAAGCCUUUCACCGUUCCAUUGCUCGUGUGUCUCACUUUAAAAGUCCACCUGUUUUCUCAAAAAAUCUACCCGAGUCUAAUGUCAUGUACGGUGGUGGUGGCGAAUACAUCAUGAAUAUUUCAAUAGGUACGCCCUCGGUGGAGAUUGUGGCGAUAGCUGACACUGGAAGCGAUCUUAUUUGGACCCAAUGCAAGCCUUGUUCUCAAUGUAUCCGGUCAAAUGCUCCUCUCUUCGAUCCCGACGCUUCCUCCACUUACAAACCUCUUUCAUGUUUUUCCUUUCUUUGCAAAAUUAUAGAGCCUUCAACAGCUAGGACCUCUUGCCCCGCCAAACCGGGUGACAAUACUUGCUUAUACUCGUACGGAUAUGGAAGUGGCUUCUCAUCUGGGGAUCUUGCCACUGAAACACUCACGUUGAGCUCUGAAUUGGGUUCGCCAGUAAUCCUUCGGAAAACUUACAUUGGCUGUGGAAGGGACGAUCGUGGAACUUUCAAUCCUGUAGAAUCUGGCAUCAUUGGCCUUGGGGGUGGUGCUCUUUCGCUUGUCUCCCAAUUGGGUACUUCAAUUGCAGGUAAAUUCUCAUAUUGCUUGGUGCCUAGUUAUGCCAAGCCCAACACAUCAAGCAAAAUACAUUUUGGUAAAAACGCCGUGGUUUCAGGUCUUAGCGUGGUCUCUACUCCUUUACUCAAGAAGUACCCACAAGCACGAAAUACCUUCUAUAUUCUUAACUUGCAGGCAAUAAGUGUUGAUGAUCUUAGAAUAAACUUUACUGGAUCUAUUAUUGAAACAACGUUGGAAGGUAACUUCAUUAUCAUCGACUCAGGCACACCAUUAACAAUCUUACCAUCUGCUUUUUACACAAAAUUGGAAUCAUUGGUCGCUGGUAAGAUUCGUGCCAAACAAGUUUCAGACCCUAAUCAAGAUUUUAAUCUCUGCUAUGAAAUUAAAUCUGAUUUCAAAGUGCCAAGAAUCACAGUGCAUUUUGAUGGUGCUGAUGUGGAUUUGGCUCCUCUUAACGCCUUCAUUUCGGUAUCUGAGAAAGUUCUGUGCUUUGCCUUUGCACCUGAUGAUGGUGGGAUGGCAAUAUAUGGCAACAUUGCGCAGACAAACUUCUUGAUUGGGUAUGACACAGUGAAGCAAACUUUGUCUUUCAAGCCAAGUGACUGCUCCACACAGUAGUUCCCCACCGUCUUUUGUCUAUCACAUGUAAUUUUCUAAUUUUCAAUAAAAGUUUCUUCGUUUG